AUGCACAAGGACAAGACGGGCUGGCACCGCUGCAUUGCGCAGCCAUCCGAAAUGAUGACACCGCUCCACUGGGCAGCUUUCUGCGGAUCUGGCGAUAUGGUUAAAUUGCUGUGUAAGGAUGUGUACCUAGACUUACCGGAUGAAUACGGCAGAACUCCUCUUCACCUUGCUGCAGCCAAAGGUCAUGAACAUGUGAUCAAAAUACUCUCGAGCAUACCAGAUGCAGGUGGAGAUAUCAGAGACCACGACGGAAUGACACCAGUAUUGCUUGCGGCAAAAGGUCUCCAUGAAGAUGCGGUGAAGGCAUUCUUGGGAUGUGGUACGCUAGAGUAUGGAUUCACGGCACUUCAUGUUGCUGUUCAGGGAGGCUAUUUUCUCCUUGUCAAAGAACUUCUCACUGCUGGCGCAGACAAGGAGGCGUUGACUAUGACUGGGUUUACAGCUCUACACCUUGCAAGCCGAACAGGAGACGACAAGAUCAUCAAGAUGCUAUUACAAUCAGGCGCGAAUAAGAAUGCCCGGGAUAUUAACAAUCGUACGGCACUACAUAUGGCGACUAUAUGUGAACACUGGAAAGCCAUGGAGGUUCUUCUUUCUGCUGGUAUAGAUACAGAAGCGCAAGAUAAUCAAUCCUGCACGGCUCUCCAUUGGGCAAUCUCGGAAGGAUUCGUGGACACUAUGGAAAUGCUGCUCGAAUACCCAGGACCCGAUCUCGAGGAUAAGAAAGGGUGGACAGUGCUACAUCGAGCAGUUAUUAGUGGAGAUCAUGAAAUUCUCACUCGGCUCCUGCUGAAGACCUGUGUGAAGAAAGAUGCGACGGAUGUUGACGGGAAUACUGCAUUGUAUCUGGCUUGCGAGAGAGGAAACGAAAAUGCUGUGGAAACCCUCGUGAUCGUAGGUGCAAACCUGGAGAUCCCAAAUAUCCAAGGCUGGAAGGCAAUCCAUACGGCAGCUGCGCAGGGAAACAAAUCCAUUGAAUUGCUUUUGAAUGCGGGCGCCGAAAAGGAUACACCAAAUACGAGUGGUUUGACGCCGCUGCAUCUAGCUAUCCAAGGUAUCCAAGAUGAACAUGAGUUAGUUGUCCAGAUCCUCCUAGAUUCUGGUGCGAAUAUCGAAGUAAAAGAUGUGAACCAGCGCACACUACUUCACUGGGCUGCUGAAAUCGGAAGUCGGUCUAUCGAGACUCUCCUCAAGACGGAAAUGGAUACGAACGCAAGAGAUAAGGAAGAAUCAACACCGCUACAUCUAGCAAUCUUGUCAAAGCACGGAUUUUGUGUCCAAAAACUCCUAGACUCAGGCGCUGAUAUAGAAGCAGUCGAUAUAAAAAAGCGUACGCCUCUUCAUUUGGCGGCCAGAGGAGGGUAUGCUUCAGGUGUUAGUAUGCUUUUGAAUCGUGCAGACAGAGAGAGGAGGGACAAGGAUGGAUACACGCCGCUACACUGGGCAGUCAAGAAAGGCAACAUUGAAAUUGUAGAACUGUUCAUGGAAGUUCCAUUGGACAAAGGAUCGCGGAAUACAAAAGGAUAUACAGCCCUCCAUUUGGCGGCACAGGGCGGAAAUCAAUGUAUAUUCGACAUCCUAGCUUCUCGGGGGUGGGAUAUAGAGUCACAGGACAGGAAAUACUGGACGCCAUUGCAUUGGGCAGCUUAUAACGGGCAUGACCUUGUCAUCCAAUCCCUUUUAAAGGUUGGUGUCAAUAAAGAUGCAAGGGAUAAAGAAGGAUUGACGCCAUUGCAUCAGGCGGCGAAAAGUGGACACCCACUUGUUAUUAAGACGCUCAUAAAAGCAGGAAUGGACACGGAGGUAGAGGACAUCGUCGGGCGGACCCCCCUCCACUUGGCCGCUACUAGAGGGGAGGUGCAAUCAAUCGAGGUGCUUCUCCAAGGGAAGGCUCAGUGCAAUGCUAAGGACAACCUCAUGUCAACGCCACUACAACACGCCGCUUUCCACGGGAAAGAUGAAGCUAUUCGGGCUCUUCUAUGUGCAGGUGCAGAUAUAGCAUUGAUAGAUCAAGACGGUACGGCAUUGCAUUAUGCUGCUCACAAAGGACACCAAUCGACCGUGCAGGUUCUUCUGGAAAACGGAGCGGACCCGAAUGAAGUCAAUAUGAACCAGUGGUCGGCAUCACACCUCGCCGCCUUUGGUGGUCAUAUUCAGGUUCUAGAAGUACUCGCCAAGUCCAAGGCCAAUUUCCGGGCGAAAAAUAAAGAUGGAUCGACUCCUUUACAUAUGGCCUUACGCGGGAGGCAUAUGGAUGUGGUGAAGGCAAUCUUGGGAUGGGGAACAGACGCCACAACAGCCGAACUACACUAUGCUGCAUAUAUAGGAAAUCCGAUGGAGAUAGAAAGGCUUUAUAAUAGUGGUGUCUAUCUACAACUAACAGACGCCGCUGGGCUCACGGCACUUCAUCAUGCUGCUAGUAACGGACAUGAUGGAGCUCUCGCAAAGCUUCUUGAGCUAGGCGCAUACACAUCAAGCAAAGACAUAUACGGGCACACUCCUCUCUUCGAGGCUGCAGCAAACUCGCGUUACGGCUGCCUGAAGAUACUCAUUGAUAAAGGUGCGGAAGUGGAUUCGCAAAGUAUCGUCGGUUGGACAGCCCUGCACUAUGCUUCGUAUGAAGGGAAGGAUCUAAUCGCCAAGACACUUCUUCAAUCCCGUGCCGAUACCGAGAUAAAAACAAAUAAUGGAGAAACCGCGCUCAAUUUGGCUUGCGAUGUCGGACACGAGUCUGUGGUAAGAGUACUGUUAGUUGCGGGCGCGAAUGUCAAUCCCCGAGACGGGUCUGGAUGGACUGCGCUUCAUGGAGCGGUCCAUGGCGGUCAUCUCGAGCUGUUAAAAGCACUAAUUGAGGCUAAGGUAGAUUUAAAUGCAACCCUAAAGGACGGAUCAACGGCAUUUCAUGUAGCGGCGUUUCUAGGGCACUUAGAAGUGGUAAAGACACUUCGAAAGGCAGGUGUGGAUGUUUGGGCGUUGAACUUGAUCAAUGGAUGGACAGCAUUGGAGUACGCUACUAGUAGCAAAAGCCAGGAGAUGGUUGAUUUUCUUCUAAGUGAGGACGUUGUUUCGCCAGAUCAUGUCAAGUCACGAUUUACGAUGCCUGAAAACGAUAGCGCUAUAGAACCGCUUUUUCGUCAGGGACUCGAGCUGCGCGCUGAUUGGAGAAGGAAAAUCUGUGGUGGGGAGGAGGAAGAAAGAGGAAAACGGGUACUCAAGCGCCAAGUUAGAGUUGUAUUAUAG